AUGAUAAUAGCCUAUACUGAUCUUAUCAAGAGACAAAAUCGUCGAUUAUCUCCAUAUGAAGUUGACAAAAUUCAUAGUAAAGAAUUUCCAGAUUGGUUCCGUGAAAGAGUUGCUCGAUUGGAAGAGCAAGACAGCACUCUAGUGACAAAUGAUAUCAAGUGGUUAGCUCGUGGUCCACUAGAAAUAGUGAGAAGAUAUAGCGGGUACAUUGUUAAUGGAGUUAGAUUUCAUACAAAGACACGUGAAAGGUGCUUGAAGACUCAAAACAGUGGCAUUGUUGUAACUGUUAAGACAUUAAGUUAUGCCAGUUCAAGAGAUAAAAACCCAAAGGAGGGAGAAAUCCACUACUAUGGUGCACUAACAGAUAUAAUUCAAUUGGAUUAUUCUGGAAAAUAUAAGGCUAUACUUUUCAAGUGUGAUUGGGUUGAUAUAAACAGGGGUUGCAAAAUUGAUAACUUCGGUAUGACAUUAGUGAAUUUCAAUUAUUUGCAACAUACAGGGAAUGAUAUAUGUGACGAUCCAUUUGUUUUUGCAUCUCAAGCUAAGAAAGUAUUCUAUGUGGAGAAUAAAACACAAAAUGGUUGGCUUGUUGUUGUGCAUGCUAAAAUCAGAGAUGUAUAUGAUAUGGGUGAUGAGCAAUCCAAUGACACGGAUCAAGGGAAUGAACAAGUCUUACAAGAGAUAAAUCAUAAUGAUUUGAUCAGACCAGAAGCUGAUGAUAGUGAUGAUAUCAUUGAAGUUACAAUACCUAUGGAGAACAUUUUACCACAUGACAAGGAUGAUAAUUAUAUAGAUGAUGAUGAGAGCGAUGCAGACUUCUUUUGAUUUGUUUUUAUUUGUUCUAUUUGAACAUUUGGUUAUAGU